UUUUUGUGCAUCCGCUUUCUGCACUGUCAACGCUUGGCUUGGUUGUUGGGCCGAGCUGCUGGGAACAAUGAUGUCGGAGCAGGAGGCUCUGAAGUGCUCCAGCGCAAGAAACCGUGGAGGAACGCAGCGGGUUGAAGGCAAACUGCGAGCGAGUGUAGAAAAGGGAGAUUACUAUGAGGCUCACCAGAUGUACAGAACCUUGUUUUUUAGGUAUAUGUCACAGGCAAAGCAUGCAGAUGCCAGGGAGUUGAUGUACAAUGGCGCCCAACUCUUCUUCAGUUACAACCAGCUCAACAGUGCUGCAGACCUGUCAAUGUUGGUGCUGGAGUCUUUGGAGAAAUCAGAGGCAACGGUAGAGGACGAAGACUUAGAGCACCUGGCUAAGCUGUUCAGUUUGAUGGACCCUAACUCCCCAGAGAGAGUAGCAUUUGUGUCCCGCGCACUCAAGUGGUCCACAGGCGGCUCGGGGAAGCUGGGCUCCCCCAAACUGCAUCAGCUCCUGGCAGUCACCUUGUGGAAAGAGCAAAACUACAGUGAGUCUCGCUACCACUUCUUGCACUCCUCUGAUGGAGAGGGCUGUGCCCAGAUGCUGGUGGAGUACUCGGCGCAGCGGGGCUUUCGCAGCGAGGUGGACAUGUUUGUGGCGCAGGCCGUCCUACAGUUCCUCUGUCUAAAGAACAAAAACAGUGCAUCUGUGGUGUUCAGCACAUAUACUCAGAAACACCCCUCAAUAGAGAAGGGCCCUCCCUUUGUUCAGCCCUUGCUCAACUUCAUCUGGUUUCUCUUGCUGGCAGUGGAUGGAGGGAAAUUAACAGUGUUCACAGUGCUAUGUGAACAGUAUCAGCCUUCCCUGAAGAGGGACCCUAUGUAUAAUGAGUAUCUCGACAGGAUAGGUCAGCUUUUCUUCGGGGUGCCACCCAAACAGUCCUCAUCAUAUGGUGGAUUGCUCGGAAACCUGUUGAACAGCCUGAUGGGUUCAGAUGAGGAGGGAGAGGAAGCACAGGAGGACGGCAGCCCCAUUGAGCUGGACUGAGAGCUCUGGGACGAGCAAGGCUACCCCCCCCCCUCCCAGGUGGUUGCAGAGGCGUGCUGGUCUCCCUACCUCCCAGUUCCCCAAGACAUCCAACUAGAACCAGAACAAAUAGCAGGCCAAACUAUCCCUCUCAGCACUGCCAGGACUGCGCAAAAAUGCAAAUGCUUUCCGUUUGAGUUAUAUUAGGUUUUAUUUUCAUCGUUUUUGUUUCUUAGUUUUGGACAAUUUUCUGUGUAGUUCUGGUCUUUUCAAAGGAAAGCAGCUGCAUUCCUUACUUCCUGGACUUCUUAUUUUCUCUCAUCCCCAGGGACAGAAAAGAUUCAACAAUGACUGCAUAUUAAUUUGUCAUAAUUAUAGCUCCUAAAAUAACACCUCAUCCUGGGAUACAACAACAAUGAAAAACACUUCUCUCUAGGGAGUAACACUUUUUCUCCCCAUUCACCAUGCAUCCACUGGAAGUGGAGGUAGUAAUUUCUAUUAAAGAGUUACUAUAACCAACUUGUAAUCCAUGUAAAUGUUCAAUAAUAGUCAGGAGUGUGGUGAGCUGCAUGGUAUAGUGUCAUUGGGGAGAGACAUACAGGUAACUGCCCAAAAUAUUGGAAACACUUGAGUAAAUGAGGGAUGAAAGUAUAUCGAAAGCAGGUGGAUUAACUUGGAUUAACUUAUCUUGCUUAGGGUCGUGUGUAAAAAUGCUGGGCAGGCCAUCAUUUUGGCUAACAUGGCUAUUCCCUUAUAGGAUGACAAUGCCCCCAUCCACAGGGCACGAGAUCUCAACCCAAAUGAACAGUUAUGUGAGAUUCUGGAGUGGUGCCUGAGAGUGUUUUUCCAUCAACAAAACACCAAAUGAUGGAAGAAUGGUGUCACAUCCCUCCCAAUAGAUUUCCAGACACUAGAAUCUAUGCCAAUGUGCAUGGAAGCUGUUCUUGCUCGACGUCCUAAUAAGAUGCUAUGUUAGUGUUUCCUUUAUUCUGUCAGGUACCUGUCGGGCAUCGUAUACCUGGCUGCAAACUAAAGCCGGAUUUGAUCACUAUUCAUAAUCUGUCACGUAUGGGAGAUUACAUGUGUUUAAAUCGACAGGAGUGGAUGGGUAUGCUCAGAUCAUAUACACGUGGCUGUGAGGUGUUGAUGAAUGUAUUUGGCAUGUUCAUGUAAAUGCAAGUCAGUUCCGUUGAAGUCUUCUAUUUUGGGUGACUGCUCCAUUUUGUCGGUCCAGAUGUUUGACUGCGAUCAGACGGACAAACAGAAGAUUAAACAACUUGAAACAA